AUGAUCUUCGAACCGCCAUCUAGGGCCCCUGUUCCCCCUACUGAUGUCCUGUCUUACAGUUUCUCGGACCCGAUCUAUGACAGGACUGUCCCAAUCUAUGUGGAUGUCCAUCAACCCUCUCGGUUCAUUUGCUACGACCAAGCCCGUCGCAUCGGAGACUGCGUCAAUAUUCAUUCCUUCAACGAUAUUUACUACCCUAUGCUCGUGCUCGCCAUUGUCGGUAUCGGAGGCAUUUUCACAGGCUCUAACCCGGCUUAUACACCUUUGGAGCUCAAGCACCACCUACAGACCGCGCAGGUUCGCUUUAUUAUCACCGAGCCUGAGCUCUACGGUCCUAUCCGAACAGCUGCGCAUGAUCUGAACAUCGUCUUAUCACAUGUGCGCAUCUUCAACACCAGGGGAGAAACAAUUCCCGAAGGGACCGUGUCCUGGACCGAUCUGUUUGAGCAUGGCGAAAAGGACUGGGCGCGUAUCCACGAUGGAUUCAUAGUCGCUCAGACUACAGCUGUUCGGCUAUUCAGCAGCGGAACAACAGGCCUGCCCAAAGCCACUGAAAUCACUCACACAAAUCUGAUUGCGCAACAUGAGCUCGUGUUCGAGUUGCAUCAUCGACCAUAUUGGGUUUCCCGCGUUGUGCCGACCCCUCUCUUCCAUGCUGCCGCCGUACCUUCCACCCAUUUUGGCAGCCUCAAAGCCGGUCACACCAACUACAUCAUGAGGCGUUUCGACCUCUUACUCUUCCUGGAAACCGUGGAGAAGUACCAUGUGACCGACUUGGCGGUUGUUCCCGUUGUCAUCGCCAUCAUCAUGAGCCCGUUGUCCUACAAGCGGGGGUACUUGAGGUCUAUCCGGACGAGUUCGAUCGGCGCUGCGCCCAUUGAUCGAGGAACACAGAGGCGGCUCCAAGCGUUGCUGGGUGAGGGGGCACCUUGCACGCAAGUCUGGGGAAUGACGGAGACAAGUUGCAUUGCAACUACGCUUCCGUACCCAGAGCAGGAUUACACGGGAUCUAUGGGUCGCUUGAUUCCGAACCUGGAAGCUAAGUUGAUAGACCACGCGGGAAACAACAUCUCCGCAUACAACGUUCGCGGCGAGAUAUGUGUCCGAGGUCCAACCGUAACACCAGGAUACUUCAACAAUUUCGCCGCGAACAAAGAAUCGUUCGAUGAAGACGGAUGGUUUCACACUGGUGACAUGGGAUACUGUGCAAGGGAGACAGGGAAAUGGUACAUUGUGGAUCGAGAGAAAGAGUUGAUCAAGGUCCGUGGAUUCCAGGUCGCUCCACUGGAGCUAGAGGCUGUGCUCAUAUCACAUCCGCUCAUUGUUGAUGCGGCUGUCAUUGGUAUCAAGCAUCUGUUCCCAGGGACGGAAUUGCCCCAGGCGUAUGUGGUGCGACGACCAAGAGAUGGAGAUCGGCUCACAGCAGAGAAUGUGAAGAGCUAUCUCGUGCAGAGACUAGCGAGCUACAAGGCUUUGACGGGAGGUGUCAGAUUCGUGGAUGCAAAACCCAAGAAUGCGAGUGGAAAGAUCUUAAAGCGGCUGUUGAGGGAACAGAGCCAGAAGGAGGUCGAGGCCGGUUGGAGACCGAGGUUGUAG